AUGUGGGAGCUACAGGCUCAACGCCCUCCCACCUAUCCCUCCAAUCAUCCAAAUCAAGACCUCGACGACCCUGGCCCCAGCCAAACUCCUUACGACUAUAGCAUUACUCUAGAAUAUGACGAGCUCCCAGACGAACCUACAGAUGACCUGUUUGACGCGCCCAACCCAUCUGACUCUUUUAGAAUGGCACUGGGAAGAAAUGUUGCAGCUGCAGAAAUCCGAGCGAAGGAAGCUGAAUCAUUAUUUGGUAGUAUUGUCUCCAAGUUGGACAAUCAUUGGGCCGCACCUAGUCACAACUCACUCCCUGUUUAUCAACGUUUGGCCCUCAAAAACUUCUGUAAAGAUCUAGCUGAAGUUGUUACCCAUCACUUUGAUGCCUACACAAGCGGAAAACUGGUUCAAAAAUUGAACCAAUUCCUGAGCCUUGUCGAACUCCGCAAGUGCCGGAGACUUUAUUAUACGCCAAGGUGGCUCGCCGACCCCGGGGUAUCCACACCGAAAAUAUACAUAGUUGUAGAGAUCCAGCACGUCCUAGCCUAA